AUGGUUCUCGAGCCGCUGAGUGCUUUCUCAGUCGCCUGCAAUGUGCUUCAGAUAAUAGAGGUCGGGACUAGAGUCCUAAAGACCGCAGCGGAGUAUAGAAGCGCUGCCGACGGGGCGACCGCUGAACAUGCAGAACUUCGAAAUAUUGCUCAGUCAUUGCUUAUCCUCAACGCAGAUCUGCAAGCCACGGUGGCUGCUUCAAAUAGCACUCAGACCAAGAUUCAGGAUAAGGCUGAGGCUGUACUGAUUUCAGCCAAUGAUCAAUGUCUGAAAUUAUCCACCGAGUUUAUCAAGCUCCUCGAUCGGUUGAAGGUCGAUGGCACAAAACAUGCAAUGCUUGAGGCCCUGCGCUUGAGUGUCAGGUCCCUCUGGUACAAGGAUCGGCUCGACUCAAUAAACAAAAGCCUUUCUCAAGCUCGGGACAAUUUGAACCUUUCAUUUCUCAUUUAUAUGAACUCGAGACAGGCGACAUCGGCUGGACAAAGUGAGAUCACUCGAUCGACGACCGAGGUCCAAACCAAAAUUCUUGAGGCUGUCUCCGUAGCAUCAAAUACCAUACAGGAUGACAUCCAGCUUCUUGCAGACAAGCUCGAGUAUCUUUCGAUCGACUCCUUCCAUGAGAACGCGUCUCAGUUCCUUUCGGCACAUCAGGUUGCUCUGAACGAUCUGGCCGCCAGUCUCAAUACUAUUAUGUUGCAACAAUACGAUCUUCAAAGUCUUUCAGCCCAGCGCCAAACACUAAUUGCUCAACAGAAGAUUAUUGAUAGUCUUCAUUUCCCACUGAUGAAUGAUCGGCGGGAUCAUGUACAAAUCGCCCAUCAGGACACAUGCGAGUGGAUUUUUGCGAAACAGCGUGGUCCCUCCCCCCACACAUGGAGUAAUUUUCCCACCUGGUUAUCUUCCGAAAACGAGACUGCGAGUAUAUACUGGGUUCAUGGUAAACCGGGGUCCGGCAAAAGCACGUUGAUGCGUUGGCUAGAUCAAAAUCUUACAGACACCCAGCUCGGCGCAGGAGCGGACAACGGAUCCAUGCUGCGGGCUCGGCACUUUUUCUGGAACUCAGGAACUACAUUACAAAAGUCUCUAGCAGGAUUCUUACGCUCAAUAUGUGCGCAGAUGUUUGAGCAGGCCCCAGAGCACAUUCCAGAAGUUGUUCAGACCAAGAGAUGGACGACUGCACUGUUAGUUGGAUAUGACAGUAGCUCAAUGGAAUGGACAGAAAUGGAAUUAAUUGAUACUCUGAAGAGUGUAAUAUCAACGGCCAGCAAAUCUGCUAAGAUUCUACUAUUGAUUGAUGGCUUGGAUGAGAUUGAUGAUGGACGUGAAGGCAACCUUGAACGACUCAUCGAUCUGCUACUAGCACUGGCCAAACACCCAAUGGUGAAAAUAUGUGUGUCGAGUAGACCAUGGAAUAUCUUCCGCGAUAUUUUUGGGGCUUGCGCUCAGUUACGUCUUGAAGACUUCACGCAAAAGGAUAUUGUUCAUUAUGUCCAGGAAAGACUGCAGAGCCAUCCGAGGUUCCAGUUCAUCAUCCGUCGGGACUCGGAAGGAGCGACUCAACUGGUCCAAGACAUCUCACGGAAAUCUUCAGGGGUCUUUCUCUGGGUUCGACUUGUUGUGGAAGAGCUUCGUGCGGGACUUCGUGAUGGUGACAAUAUUGUUCGACUUUCGAGAAAACUGGAUGUCAUUCCCGCCGAUCUGAAUGAAUACUUCCAACGCAUGAUGAACUCUAUACCGUCAAAUCAUCGACGAGAAGCAUCGAUGAUCCUUCAAAUCGCUCUCUAUGAAGAGACAGACUUUGGCACCCUACAUCCUCUUUACUUGAUGGAUUUAUCCUUCACCGACGAAACGCAGGCCGCAUUUGCUAUCGAAAACACCUACGAUUUCAGCAAACUCGACCUGAACGACAGCGAAGAGGUUCAAUAUCGCCUCGCGUCGACUGCCAGGCGGCUCAAUAGUCGCUGUAUGGGGUUAGUGGAAUGCCGGUAUGAGGUAUUCAACCAAGGCUUUGACCUCUGGGACGACUUCCACCAAGAAAAGUCUCAAUUUGAAUUGGCUUCUUUUGCAAUGCGCAAGAACGCUCAAAUGGAACUGCUUGAGACUAUGGACCACCAGUCGGCUUUUGGAGGUAGUAACAUCCAUCGUGCGUUUUGUUUUUAUGUCGAAUUCUUACACCGGUCAUGCCGAGAUUUUCUCUUGUCUCCGGAAAGCCAGAAAUUACUCCACCACUAUACCGGGGGUAGGUUUGACGCCAGAACUUUCGUUCGCAGCGCUCGACUUGUGGAGAUCAAGGCCUUGGGCGUCAAGGGACCAGCAGGGAUGUUUGCGGCCAGCUUAGCAAGCUAUGUACUCAGCACCAUAUCUCUACCUGAAUUCCGAGCACUCGACUCCUCUGCGACAGUGGCAGGCCUCCUGCAACCUUUUAUUGAAAGCAUUGUACAGCACAAUGAAUUCGACAUUGUCGCUUGGUAUAUUAGCACGUCCCUUAACACCUGGCAUGUGGAGAAAAGUUCAUUUCUGACAUUGGCGAUUGAUUUCCAGUUGACCUCAUAUAUUCGGGCGCAUUUAACAAGAAGUGCAAUCGAGAAGAAAAAGGGUCGCCCGAUCUUGGACUAUGUACUUCGACCAAGAUUCAUGGGACGCACAUCUGAUUUGGGAAUUGGCAACGUGUGGCCUGAUAUGGAAAUCCUACAGUCGGUACUAAGUCAGGGUGGUGACCCCAAUCAGCCGCAUAACCAUUCCACGGUCUGGACACAGUUUUUGUUCUUUGUGAUGGAGUGGUCAAACUUGAUCCAGACUGAGAGCAAUCUCGGUCGCGUGCGGAUGAGGGACGCCUACUUCACCGCGUUGUCUUUGCUCAUCGCAAAUGGUGCUGCCUCACAUCUGCCCAGUCCGAGGCUGUUGGACUUGGUCAGAAACCGAGUGCAAGGCCAUGUAGAGCAUGCCUCGCAUGCGCUCGAUGGCUCGGAGGUGGUGGGUUACUGGAACACAUGGAUAGAGCCGGUGAGCGAUAAACUGAUCUGGAGCCGCUUGAUCACAAUGCUGGAGAGCAGCAAUGUUGAUGAGUACCCGGUGCACGACAUCCUCGAACUCUUCCGCCCGGUGUUCGGAGACGGUACGGAUACCUUGAGGGCUCAGUUGUUGAGCAGAGCAUAG